AUGGGAUUCCUGGAUGGUCUUGACCAAGCCAUACGACAGGGGGAAAGAGCGAAUGAAACUCUUCUGGUUGUUGGUGACUUUAACGCCAAAUCUAGAUACUGGGGCUCUAGUAUAGAUGAUGGUAAAGGAGAAGCUCUCGAAUCCUUUGCUGCAAGCCUUGGACUCUGGACCAACAACGUUGGAACGAACCCUACCUUUCAUAGAGGGGCGUCUACAUCGAUCAUUGACGUAACCUUCUCCGGCCCAGGCCCCUUCGAGGUAGUGGACUGGGAGGUCCUCGACGAGUACUCUGGAAGUGAUCAAAAUUACAUUGCAUUCAACCUCACUACACACUUACAAGCACUCAAUGAUGGCGUACCCAUGAGACGGGGUGAUCAUCUAGGAUGGGCUUCUCGUAAGCUCGAUAGUGCUGCGCUAUCUCGAAAGCUGGAUGAGGGACCACCGCUCUUGGAGGAGCCCGCUUCAGCUGAUGACGCGGCCGAGGUACUCAAUGACUAUCUGGCUAAUGCCUGUGAUGCCUGCAUGCCCAGAAGAGCCUAUGGAGUCCAUAAACGGAAAUCAGUUCAUUGGUGGAAUCAGGGGAUUGCCGAUCGCAGAGCCGAAUGCAUCAGGAAAAGACGCAUAUAUCUCAGAGUGGUUAAGAGACAAGGUCCUGAUGGCAGCACAGCGGAAAGAAUCGCCUUUAGGGAGGCACGCAAGGCCUUACGUGUUUCGAUCCGUAAAUCACAAAAACUAAGCUGGGCUGCUCUCUGUGCAUCGGUUGAUAAUGAUCCCUGGGGCGUGCCUUACAAAAUUGUUUCGGGGCGGCUGAGCAGACAGCCACCAGGGAUAGCGGCAAUAGGACGCGAAAUAGAGAUUGCUGAUAAUCUCUUCCCUCCUAUGCCAAUUAUUAACUGGCAACUUGUGCCGUUGGAGGGUCAAGUAGACCCUACCUUCCCGACCACCACUGCUGAUGGUUACAACAUAAAUCCUGGUUAUGACUGCCCGCCCGUCACUACGAAGGAGAUCGGGCUAGCAGUGUCUCGACUGUUGAGGGGCGAUUCCUAA